UUGACUUGAGUGUGUAUGUUGUGUAAGAUAGAUGAGGUAUUGAUAUUCGUAUUUGGAUUUUGUUCUGCUGAUUGAAGCUGAAGCUGAUGAUGAUAGAAUCGCAAUAGGGGUGAUCCAGCACCCUCUAUUUAUACUCCUCCUCCCAUCUCUCUCAUCCUCUAGACAUAGCCGCCUCUAUGCGCGCGCCGAAAACUCUGCUCUGCACACGCUCUCCGCUCCCAAGGAUCAUGAUGUUUCGAUUAUUCGUAGCCAUAGCCAUAAGGCUGAAAAUUCUCGAUGGCUCCAGCAACAUCCCGCGGCGCGGCGCAGCGCCGAUACGACGUCGUCCAGGAACCGCUUGCCGGAUCGGGAAUGGUGGGCCUUCCGGGGGGGUGUCAUUAUGCAGGAUGGGGCUGAAAAUAUUUUCCCCGGAAAAAAAGAGAAAGGAUGAAAAAAGGAAAAAGAAGGAAAAAGGCGGGAAAACAUGGGAUGGGAUGAAGAUCUUUGGGGUCACGCUCGCGGCUCGGCUUCAUUAUUACAUAAUAAACUUGUCAGGAGAGCUGAAAAUAGAUGUGUGGAGGCGGACGCGGGAACUAUUACGAAUGGCUUCGGCGCUGUCUUCGAAUGAUCUUCUGCUGGCGCGGCGUUCGAGACGCCGAGAUGUGAGGUUGGGGAUUCUCUUAAGCCGAGAUGUGGUGUUGAGGUUCCGCUGCAAGGCGAGGGCUCAUGAGCACGCGUCUGGGAUCGGUGGAUCUAUUGGUGGAGUAUUGAUUUUUGGAGGCUUCUAGCCAGUGUCAAACCUUUAGCUGCCCAGCUCAAGUGAUGAUGGAUUCGAGGAUCCCUGGGUCAUGAUGGUUUGGAGUCAAGGCUUUUGUUGUCCAGGUGACAAGUGACUCCAAUAUCCUGGUAGACCUUCCAAUUUUUGCAGAGAAGCCUCGAGGAUACGAUUGUCAAGUAGACAGCGAGCUG